CUUAACUUCAUCUUGUCAUCAACUCCAUCCUCACCUCCAACAUGGCUCCUUUAGCUACCGUAGGUAUUCUGUCAAUUGGAGAGAUGGGGAUGGGCAUCGCAAAGCUGCUCAUUGCUCACAACUUCCACGUCGUGACCAAUAUCGAGGGUCGAAGUGAAGAUACGCACGCUCGAGCCCGGAAGAGCAAUAUCGAGACGCUCCCUACGGACAUCUCUCUAGUCGAGAAAGCAGACUACAUCCUCUCCAUCGUGCCGCCGCGUGACGCCCUCACCAUAGCAACACGCAUCACGACGGCCUUCAACGCUGCCCAGGGGAAGCAAACCCCCCUCUACUACCUCGAUCUGAACGCCGUCUCUCCCCGCACCGCCCGCGAGAUCGCAGCGCUCUUCCAAUCCUCCGCUCCCGCGAUCCGCUUCAUCGACGGGGGCAUCAUCGGGCUCCCCCCAUCGCCCACCUCCUCCUCCGACCCAUCCCCAUCCUCCAACCCCAGCUCCACCAACAUCACAUGGCGCCAGCCCAGCAUCCCCGUCUCGGGCCCUCACCGACUCAACUCAGCCGCCGGCACCCCCGGCGCCUUGGAGCUCGCGCAGACCCUAAAGCUAAACCACAUCUCCGACGAGAUCGGGCCCGCGUCCGGGCUCAAAUGCAGUUUUUCCAGCCUAACCAAAGGCUUCACAGCUCUCUGCCUGCAGGCCUUCACGACUGCUUCCAACAUGGGAGUGUUGCCGCUGCUGCUGCAAGAGGCCGAGAUGCGCGCCCCGGGCCUGCUGAAGGCGGCUCGUGUGUACGUGCCGGAUAUGCCGCCCAAGGCGUAUCGCUGGGUGCGCGAGAUGCAGGAGUUGGCUAUUACGCAUGCGGAUGAGGGAGGGUUUGAAGGGGGUGCGGGACCUGGAGAGGGCGUCUUUGGACAGAUUGCGAAUGUGUAUAGGAGUGUAGCUGAGGAGACGGUGUUGGGGGAGGAGAAGACGGAGAGAAGGAAGAGGGGCACGAGUUUGGAGGAUGUGGCGAGUGCGAUGGGGGAGGGGUUGCAGAGUAAGAGGAGGAAGGUGGAGGAGGGGAGAUAG